AGCUUAGGGUGUAAACAUAUCUCCGGCUGUGGAAAAUGUUGUACAAAGAUUUUUUCGUCUGAUGGACUGCGAUCGGUUGACAUAAUGUAGACACGACAGACUUAAGCUGAAGGGACCGUAGCAGGCGGAUUGCUGGGUUUGGGUGCAUUGUGUACCAAUGCCGUUCAAGACGUCUCCAGUGUGCUUGUCAGGUAGAUUAUUAUCCCAGACUGUAUGAUAUUUGCUCUCAUUAUGGCGACACCUGCAGAGCACGAUCUCACCUUAGCUGAGGCAGAUAGCAAUAAAGAGAAAGCGCAGAUGUUCGGGAUCCUACGGUUGCAGGAGGAUAAAUCGGCCGGCGAGAAAGCUACCAGCAGCGGUACGAAAACGGGGGACGGGAGGUGGCAGGCGCCCAUAUUCGCUCUCGCUAGGAAAGCGUCGGAGACAUUUUCAGGCAGCAUUCACGUUCUUCCGAAGGUGGCCGAACCUAAGGGUCCCUUCUCAGAGGAAUGGAGCACUAGCGCCUUCCGAGACCCCAUGGCCAUGGAGAGAGCCAACUUACUGAACAUGGCCAAGUUGAGUAUCAAAGGACUGAUCGAGUCUGCACUCAGCUUUGGACGGACUCUGGACUCAGACUACCCCCCUCUCCAGCAGUUUUUUGUGGUCAUGGAGCACUGCCUAAAACACGGCCUUAAAGUGAAGAAGUCAUUUCUUGGAUACAACAAGUCGCUGUGGGGGCCUCUGGAGAUGGUGGAGAAGCUGUGUCCGGAGGCUGGAGAAAUUGCUGCCAGUGUUCGAGACUUGCCUGGUCUAAAGACUCCUCUGGGUAGAGCGCGGGCGUGGUUGAGAUUAGCACUGAUGCAGAAGAGGCUGGCAGAUUACCUCCGUGUUCUCAUCACCAGGAAGGACCUGCUGAGUGAUUUCUACGAGAGCUCAGCUGUGAUGCUGGAGGAGGAGGGAGCUGUCAUUGUUGGCCUCCUCGUUGGCCUUAAUGUGAUUGAUGCCAAUCUUUGUGUAAAGGGGGAGGAUCUAGACACUCAGGUUGGGGUGAUAGACUUUUCCAUGUACCUGAAGAAUGACAUUGAUGACUACAGGAGUGAAGAGAGAAAUGGACAAAUAGCAGCUAUUCUGGAUCAGAAAAACUACGUUGAGGAGCUGAACAGACAGUUAAAUUCCACUGUCCAGGGUCUACAAGGACGUGUGGACUCAUUAGAGAAAUCCAACUCUAAGCUUAUUGAAGAGUUGGCCAUUGCCAAAAACAACAUAAUUAAACUACAAGAGGAGAAUCAUCAGCUUCGGACUGAAAACUCUGUUAUUCUCAUGAAAGCUCAAAAGCGUCUUGAGGCGGCUCGGGGGGAUGCGGACUGUGAGCUGGACACAUAUAAACAGUCAAGACAGGGUCUGGAUGAGAUGUAUAAUGAGGCCAGGAGACAGCUCCGAGAAGAGUGCCAACUCAGACAGGAUGUGGAGAAUGAGCUGGUAGUUCAGGUGAGUAUGAAGCAGGAGAUGGAGCUGGCCAUGAAGCUGCUAGAGAAAGACAUCCACGAAAAACAGGACACUCUGAUCGGUCUGAGACACCAGCUUGACGAGGUGAAGGCCAUCAAUGUAGAGAUGUACCAGAAAAUGCAGUCAUCAGAUGACUGCAUGAAACAGAAGGAUGACAUGAUUGCCCGUUUGGAGGAGAAGACCAAUCAGAUAACAGCCACCAUGAAACAGCUAGAGCAAAGAUUGCAGGACACAGAUCGAGAUCGCUGGACUGCUGAAGACGGCAUCCGCAAGUUCAAGCAAGACUUUGCCAACAAAGCAGACAGCCUGCAGAAACAGAUCGGCCAGAGAGAGAAACAGCUGCAGCAGUUGGAAACAGAUUUGAAGAUUGAGAGAGAGUGGCGGCAGACGUUACAGAACGACCUGGAGAGAGAGCGAGAGACCAUCAUGCAGCUGAACACUGAGGCCCAACAGAUCGACGGACUAAAAAAAGAGUUUCACAGACUACAGGAUGAGAACAGUCAGUUGAAGGGGAUAUGUGAGGAGCAGGAACAGGCCCUGCAGGAGCUCGGCUGCAAACUGAGCGAGUCCAAACUGAGAAUUGAAGACAUAAAAGAGGCCAAUAAAGCUCUCCAGGGUGGACAGGUGUGGCUUAAGGAUAAAGAUGCCACCCACUGUAAGCUGUGUGAGAGAGAGUUUUCCAUCUCCAGGAGAAAGCACCACUGCAGAAACUGCGGUGAGAUCUUCUGCAACGCUUGUUCUGACAACGAGCUGCCUCUCCCAGCCUCACCCAAACCUGUCCGCGUGUGUGACACGUGCCACGCCCUUCUCCUGCAGCGCUGCUCCUCCAACGCCACACUACACUGAAACUCUGGCUUUAACCCACACUACAAUGUCUGCUCCCGGUCGAGAAACAGCCAGAACACAAACAGGCUGUCCAGAGUGCCACUGUCCUGUGGAGGUUUACCGUCUGUGUUACAAAACCGCUCAUUACCUGUGAACGGUGCAGAGCGUGAGCGGGUGCGCAACCACUUUAGCACAGCGCUACUUAAUUUCAUUAAGAACACUUCUGAAGGAUGUAGAGAGCAUCACACACAUUCAUUUAGAUAUGUGUCAACAGUUAAAACUGAGUGCUAAUGAGAUUUUUCCUUUUUCUAUUUAAGUGAAGUGUAGUAGUCACAUGUGCCUAGGCAAGCAGGCAAAAUGACAGACUGAGAAUCUGCUGACACUUGUGCCUUUUCAGAUGAAAAGGUGAAAAAAAGUUCACGUAGAAAUGAAUUUUGAGCUCUAAUAUUCUCUAUGCUGCUCUUCAGUUUUAGAUGGAUUGACAAUACACAGCACAGUAACUUUAUUGUAUGUCUUACCAAUUACUGAUCAAACAUUUUUUUUAAAUCAGUUUGGACAGCAAGGUAAUGUACAAUAUGAAUUUACUCUGUUCAUGAACACAUAUGCCAAGAUUUAUACUGGUUUUGUAAAUGACAAACUGUAAAGUAACUCAACUGGAGCAUUCAUACUUCCCUUCGUCAUUCACGUAUUAGUACUGUAAAUGCUCAAUGGAAAACCCUAGCAAAUCAUGAUACAAUUCUUCACUGUUGCAAUUUACUGUAUCAUAAAG